UCUUCGAAGAAAGAAUUCAUCUUUAAAGAAGAUCCAAGAAUCCAUCUUUCCUUCAACAAUGAAGUCCCUCGCCCUGUUUCGCCGCAAGAACAGACAACGAAAUUUCAAACCAUUCUACGAAGAAUGGAUUCAAACAUUAAGAGAUGCUCUCCUUCCUCAACUCCGCCGUUCAAUAUCAUCCACCGUCCGUUUCCCUCAUUUCGUUUCCUCCGACGUCGAAUCAAUCCAUUCCCAUUUCAUAUCCUACUACGACGCCCUAGACCUCGCCGCCUCCGACGACGCAUCACAAGUUCUCAUCCCCGAUUGGCGUAACCCAUUAGAAAAACCCUUCAUCUGGCUAGGAGAUUUACAUCCAUACCUAUUCAUAAACCUCCUUCGUUCCUUCAUAAUCGGAGAAGACCCAUCAAAUCAUACGGAUCGAAAUUGGCAGAUUUCGACUGCGUGGAAGAGUCCGACUAGGGAAUUGAGUAAUAGGGUUGAUGAGAUUGAAAGGGGUUUGAGGUUGAUGGUGCCUGCUCUUGUUUCUAGAGCUAGAGAAGCUCAGGGGAAGUUUGUGAAGAAGGUGGCGGUUGAUUGGCGGCGGAAAGAGGUUGUUGGGAAGGCGGUGGGGGAGGAAAUGGAGGAGAUGGGUUGUGUUGUGGUGGAUGCGAAUAGGUUAAGGAGGAGUGUUCUUGCUGAUAUAUUGGUGGCUACUAAUGUUUAUCAAGCUGCUGUUUUUCUUGAAGGGUUGGCUCAGUUUGUUGUUGGGUUUAGAGAUGGACAAUUGAUGGCUGAGUUUGAUCGGUGUGAAGCUGUUGAUGUUACUCAAUGAGUUGGAAUGGUGUUUUGUCUUUGGAUUAUAGUCUUUUCAAUUGAAGUAUGUUUUGCAUGGUGGGUGUUACUUUCUUAGUUUUAAAUUUGCUUAUAUUUGUAAUGUGAAUGACACCCUAAUUUAGAAAUGUAGACAAAAGGUGACACA